AUGUACAAAUCUUGUAAAAUUCGUGAAUUCUCGCCAACUCUACAGUGUAUACCGGAAGAAGAGCCGAAAAUUGUGGCUUUUCGCCGGAUUACGCUACCCAAAAGUGUCGAUUGUUCCGCCGUCAGAAUUCCGAUUUUCGACGUGAACAUUUAUGCGCCGGAGCCGAAAAAAGAGCCGAUACCGGCCAGUUAUCAACGAUUGCUCACGGAAAUGGAUCAAUAUAUCGAGAAGCAGGCGGAUAAGGGAAAAUAUAGGGAAAUGGUAAGUGCGCUCUAUUGAGAAUAGGUGAUGGUUUUUUGAAAACUAUGGAACAUUUUCAGGCCAAAUCCCUUCGCCAACAAGUCGCCCUGGAGCAAGCGGAAAACAGACGGAAAUCGGUAAUUUUUAACUUUUUUCCGUCUAAAUCAAAUUUCCAUUUUUUUUUCAGGCCCAAAAAUUCACGGAUCGCGACUGGUACUGGUAUUCGGAGCAAACCGGCUCAUUCAGCGACGAGCCACUGGAAAAAUGCGAAAAAUCCGAGGAAAACGGGCUGAAAAUCAGCGAAAAAUCGGUGCUGGAAACGGAUGAAAACGAGAACGCCUUCGAUCUGAGUGCCGAUUUUUGA